AUGGAUCCAAAUCAAUAUACUUUACAACACAUUUCUCGAGAGGUUAAAAAACUCCGUCUAAAUUAUAUUUCUAAUAACUACGAACUGUUAAAGAAUCGUUAUAAUAAUUUUUCUAAAGAGUUUGAAGAUUUAAAUGUUUUCCACCAAAGUUCCAGUGAACUUAAGGAAAUAGAACGAAUUUCUAAUUUCAUUAAACAACAUCAAGAACUUGUGGUUUCCAGCUUUGAAACCGUACACGCGCAACAAAGCGUCGCAUACUUAAAGCAAAUUGACGCAUUAUUAGAAAAGUUGCAACUUUUAGUAUCGUCUCAUUCCGUUGCCGAUCAGACGAAUCAACAAGGAUCGAACUCUCAACGACCAAAUUCACAUUUCGAUAUUAUUUCUGGAGACCCGGAUCUUUUCUCUUCUGCGCAAUCACCUGCUAAUCCUGCACAACCUAUCAAUUCGAAUUUGGAUCAAUUUAACUCUGGAAUACCACCUGAUCAUCAACAGUCAUACUUUCAAUUCCCUCCUUUACUUUUGGUCAACAUGCAUCAAACAUGUUACAGAUGUCUGAAAAAUUCCAAUUUCGUGGUUACAAGUAUAGACUUCGCAGUAUCACGUUUUGAUGAUGACCUCGAUUUUGAUAUAAAUAAAAUAAACAUGCAACAAAACAGACAAUUAAAGUACGGUCUAAAUUUAACCACAAAGAAACCUUUAUCACAAAAGCAACCCGAAAGAUCGUUAAAACGAUCAAUAUUUAGUGAAGACGACGAC